AAAAGCCGACAGUUGGCAGAAAAAUGAGGUUACAUUUUCCCUCCUUAUUUAAUUCACGUUUCUUUACGUUUGGUUAUGUCAGUUGUCAUCGUCACGUCUAAUAUUGGAAUUUCCCCAAACACAGUUUUGUAUUGAAUGUGAAAAUUGUGUAUUUGACCGAAAAUCUUGCAUGCCACUUGUUACCACGUACUUGUCACUUUACAAAAUCUACCCUUUCUAAGAUGCAUGCCCUUCUUCGUUCAUCACACUCUUACAAAUUACUGAAACGUUCCACUCAUUCAAAUCGGGCUUUAAAAUGUUUAUGCAACGAGAGUGAUCAAAUAAAAAAAUAUUCGUCGGUACAUUUCCAAGUUGCGAUUCCGACAAGUCUUAUCCACACAACGUCAUCGCACAAUAAUUUAAGACCAAAUUAUCUUCAUUCUGCAAUUAGGAAUUUUUCGUUAACACAUAUAAGUUUUGACAAGGAACCUUUAAAACCGUCAUCAAAAAUUGAAGUCACAGUUCAAGAAAUAAAGAAACAAAAAGAAGAGUUACCCGCAACCGCACCGCCCAAAGCAGUUGUCAAGAAAUCACUGAAGCAAAAAAUUAUCGACGAAUUAGUUCAUUACUACCACGGUUUUAGAUUAUUGUUUAUAGACGUGAAAAUAUCCUCAGGUUUAGUAUGGCGUUUAUUGAAAGGAAAGUCCUUAACCAGAAGGGAACACCGAUUGCUGGUAAGAACAGUAGGCGACAUGUUCCGAUUGGUUCCCUUUUCAGUAUUCAUUAUAGUACCUUUUAUGGAAUUCCUUUUACCAGUAUUCAUUAAGCUGUUUCCGAGUAUGUUGCCUUCAACAUUUGAAACUACCUCCGAGAAGGAAAAUAAGAUUAAACAGAAUCUAAAGGUAAAGCUAGAAAUGGCAAAAUUUUUGCAACAAACCUUAGACAAUAUGGCCGUGGAACAUAAGGAUCACAACUCCGAGCAGGCGAAAGAAUUUAACGAAUGGUUUCAUAAAGUACGACAAAGUGGCGCCGAAGUUACUAAUCAGGAAAUAAUGAAAUAUUCGAAAUUAUUUGAAGACGAAAUAACCUUAGAUUCCCUGUCGCGCAACCAACUGAUUGCACUGUGCAAAGUACUGGAAGUGCAAACGUUGGGAACAAAUAAUUUUUUACGUUUUCAAUUAAGAAUGAAGAUUCGCUCGUUGGCCGCGGAUGACAAAAUGAUCCAAAAAGAAGGUAUCGAUUCCUUAACACUGUAUGAAGUUCAACAAGCUUGUCGAGCAAGGGGGAUGCGUGCUUAUGGUUUACCGGAGGUACGAUUGAGAAGUCAGUUAGCACAAUGGUUGGAUUUAAGUUUAAACGAAAAAGUGCCUCCAUCAUUACUGCUUUUAUCGCGAGCUUUAAUGUUACCCGAUGCGAUACCGACACAUGACCAGUUGAAGGCUACAAUUUCUGUUUUGCCUGUGACAAUAGGAGCACAAACUGAAGUCGCUAUUGGCGAAAAAGAGGGUAAAAUUGACAAUAAGAUUAAGAUACAAGUAAUUAAGGAAGAGGAAAGGAAGAUUAAGGAAGAGAGGAAGGAGCAACGGGAGCAUUUGAAAAAAAUAGAGGAGGAGAAGAAAGAAGUUUUAGUGGAUAAAGCACCAAUUAUUACGGCCGAAGCAACUCCUCAUCUUCAGGACACUGCUAAAGUUGUGUCUGUGACAACAGAGAAGCCUUUAGAAGCUAAGACUGAGGAAUUAGUGGCUAACGAUUUGCAAGUUAUUGAGCAUGCUUUAGAAAAUAUUUCUAAGGAUACAAAGAAGUUUGUGGUAGAAAAAGAGGUCAUUCAAGAUCUCAAAGAAGAAAUGGCCGAUUACCAAGAAGAUGUUCAGGAAUUAAAGCAAGCAACUGCGGAUGAGGUAAAACCGGCAGUGCAGGAAACUAAAGCUGCCCAACGUCUCUUCAAAAAGAUCAAUAGAAUGAUUGUAAAAUUGGACACGGCCGUCGAACAUUUACAAAACAAAGAGAAGCAGUUGAAAAAAGAUCUCGAAACUGAGAGCACCGAUAAGAAGAAGGAGGAAUUGCUGGAGAUUGAUGAGAUAUUGGAUGCAAUAAAGAAAGUAAAGACGCUUCCCGAUUAUUCUAGAUUGGAACAAAUUAAAAAAGUCCUUGCGAAAAUGGAUGAUGACUCUGAUGGUUCUCUUAAAGUCGAAGACGUACUUAAGGUGAUCGAGCUAAUAGGAAACGAAAAUGUUAAAUUAAGCGGUAAGCAAGUGGAUGAAAUCAUUGAUCUUCUUGAAAAAGAGGAAAUUUUGGAAGUGGAAAAUAAAAUCGAAAAGGCCCUACAAAAACAAAGAGAAAUAAAAGCAGAAGCACAAGCGACAAAGUCUUCGGAAGUGAAACAAGCGUCCGAGGAUGACACUCCAGUAACGCCCAAUGAAAAAAAUGAAACAAAAGUAUCUUUUAAGUCUGUAGACGAACCCAAAUCUCCACCAUCAAAAAUGGAAUCCCAACCUUCAAUACUUCCGCGACCUCCGAUUAACAGUAUUGAUCCGAAAAGUAGGAAUAAUUCCAAAACUCUUUAAUUAUUUUUAUUUUUAGUGCCUGUUAUUGAAUUUGUCCAGCUGUAGAUUUUAAUUUAUCACAUUCAGACAGUAGCAAGUUUUCUAAAUAAUUUUAUUGUUCAUAAAAUGUACAAAUAAUGUAAAAUAAUAAAUUAUAGAAAAAGGUA